AUCAACUAACUUAUGACUUAUUUUCUUCAAAGAGAACCUUAGUGUAUUGUGUCCAAUAAAAAUGUACUCUAACAAUAAAUAUACCACUCAGUAGGAUAAGAUAAUAUGAUAGAUCUGUUAAGAUAGUGUUUGGUGCAUAUUUAAAGUAGUAAGAAUCAUAUAAAAGGUACAAAAAGUGGUAUAUUAUAGUUUCAUAGAAAAACAGUAGAACUGAAUUUUAGGCAAUAUAAGACAAUAACACAUAGUGUUGGAAAAAGUGUGGCGUGGAGAUUAUGUUUCUAUUGAAAUAUUUAACAUUAUAAAUAGGAAAAUGCUUAACAAAUGCCCCAGGCCCUGUUUAGCAUGACCAAAAUAUACUAACAAUAUAUUUCUGCGUGGAGCCACAAGAAAGCCUCUUGAAUUUUUGGAAAUAGGAUCCUGACAAGGAGAAUUUGUUGCAGAGAACAGAACAAAAAUCCUGUCAUGACAGCAGCAUAUCCCUUUCCUACCUUUCUAUAUGCAAACUAGAAGAAAGCUUGUUUUGGCAUUCCACAAGCUUAGUAAUUACCAAUUAAUUAUUUUUUUUUUGCUCAUUCAUAGCUCAGUUCUACUGUCUGAACUAUAAAAAAAUUUGUUCUAGCAGAAAAUCUCAAACCAUAUAGAGGAAUAUCUUAAGCCAACAUCUAAUAUCAGGAGCACAGAUAGAGGCCAAAGAUCCUGUGUCCUGGACCUUGAUUCUCUACCAUAAGAAACUAUUCUAUUAGUUAUGUCGCGUUCUCACGUUCCAAAGUUUGGCAAUUGGGAAGCAGACAACAUUCCAUACAGUGCAUGUUUCGAGAGUGCACGCAGAGAAAAAGCCGGGUUCAUGAUGAAUCCAAACGAUCCAAUGGAAAAUCCAGAAGCCUUCAAUAAAGUUGGCAAAAAUGUAAAUGAAGAUGAAGUGAAAUCAUCUCAUACUUACUCUCACAAAGCAAGUUCAAGUUCAACGGAGAAAGGAAGCCAUGAAUUACUGAAAAACAAUUCUACACGCCAUUUGCAACGCCGCAGAAGUAGGGAAAGUAAAGAUAGCUUCAAAUCAGAGUUUGGAAAUGAAAAAAGCAAUGUUGAUCAUCGCUCUGUCAUCAACAAAACUUCACAAUCAGAUCACAAAAGGAGUGUGUCCAAAGGAGGUAGUGGUAACAUUGGUAGCUUCUCUUCAAAUCAUAGUAGACACGGGAAUCGAAGCAAUUCCUUUAAUAACUAUGUGGAACAUAAGGCAACACCGAUACCUGAAUUUGGUAAAUGGGAUGUCAAAGACCCUAAAUCAGGAGAGGGUUAUACUGUUAUGUUCAGCAAAAUAAAAGAAGAAAGAAAAAUCGUGGCAAGCCGCAUUACCGAUAUAAGGACUCCACCACAUAACAAUGGUUCAAAUAUUAAGAAUCAAUAUGAUGAAUCUUCUUUCAGUUUAUCUAAGUAUUGUUGCUGUUUGUCUCCAAGGGAAAACAAAUGACCAUGGAUUUGCUGUUUACUGAGUGUUGCUCACAACAGGCCACAAGAGACUUGAAUUUAGAAUCUUAUAUAAAUAUUUUGUGACUAUGUUUUCUCUGUAUACAAUUGAAGAUUGUCUUCUAGCUUUGUAGCAUCUAUACUGUAUGUUUAUUUUACAAUGGUUAUGUAAUUAUAAA